AUGGAUGAUUUUAACAGUGGGAUGAUGCUGAUGGACAAAAAUGAAACUUGGCUCUCUAAUUUCUCCUCUGCUGCCUCCUCCUUGGUGAGGGGAGGGAUUGGGCUCCAGGAGGUGUUCAUUGGGCUGAUACUAACCCUCAUUGACUUGAUCACACUGCUGGGAAAUACAGUAGUGUUCCUCUGCCCGGUGGUGGAGAAGAGGCUGCGCACUGUCACCUACAUGUUCAUUAUGUCCCUAGCCAUGGCAGACUUCCUCGUGGCUUGUCUGGUCAUGCCCUUCAGUAUCAUUUACGAGGUGACAGGGAUGUGGCUGUUUGGGAAGCUGUUCUGCAAAGUCUGGAUCUCCUUUGAUGUCAUGUUCUGCACUGCAUCCAUUGUCACACUGUGCUUCAUUAGCUUGGACAGAUACUGCUCUGUGGUGACCCCAUACCACUACUCAAGAAGGAUGUCCCGUGGCAGAUGCAUCGUGAUGACCUGCAUGGUCUGGGUAUAUUCCUCCCUCAUUUCCUUCCUUCCCGUCAUGCAAGGCUGGAAUGAGAUCCCCGGGGUGGACUUUGAUGCAGGCAGAGAAUGCAUCUUCGUCACCAACUGGAUUUUUGCCAUCGUGGCUUCUGCUCUGGCAUUUUUCGUUCCCUUCAUGGUCAUGUGCAGCAUGUAUUUCUUCAUCUACCGAGCUUCACGGCUCAAGGCCACUCGGAUCAUGUCCCAGACCUUGGAGAUUCACUACCACCCCAACAGCAAGCGGCAGAACCACCUGCAGCUGGAGAACAAGGCCACACGGACCAUCAGCAUCAUCAUUUCAGUCUUCGUGCUGUGCUGGCUGCCCUACUUUGUCCUGAAUGUUUGGCUCGCAGCCAGAGGCACCGACUCCACCAGCACAGUCUUGGUUGACACCUUCAAGAUUAUCACUUGGUUAGGGUACUGCAACUCCACCAUCAACCCAAUGCUCUAUGCUUUCCUGAACAGAGACUUCCAACGGGCCCUGAAGAAGCUGCUUAUUUGCAGACACAGGUCUCAGGUGGACAUUGGAGAAGAUAUGGUUUCCAUAGCCACGUUUUCCAAGACUGCUCCAGACCUGGAAUAUAGCAUAGCAGUGCCAGUGCCCAAUGGUACCCUGAAGGGCAAACCCAAGUCAUAG